AUGUCAUCUUCAUUGGAGAAUCAGUACAGAAACAUACCUCGCUUGGAAGACAAUAUGAAUGAUAAAAACAUAUUUAAACUCCAAGAAAAUAACUGCUGCACAAUCAAAUAUUCACAGCAUAACUUUGUAGAGGAUGCCUCUCAAAUCUGUGACACUAACUUUGAACUUUAUCCAGGUAAAACUCUAACCAUAGCUGAUGAGUUUUCUGAUGAUGCCCUUGAGUAUCUGGAAUGUUCUGAUGUGAUGACAGAUUUUGCAAAUGAAAUAUGGGAAAAGAAAUUAAAAUUUUUAUUAGAAAGUGAUGAUGAAGAGGAUAUAAAGCUGAGUAAAGUGUGUGAUGGGUGUGAUUAUUUCCUCAGUGGAAUGCCUUGCCGGUUUCAAGUGUCAGAUAACACUGUGCCUAUGGAUACCACCAUUGGCUUCUGUGGUCAUCACUCAAAAUCCAAAGAAGUAGCUGUAAGGAGAGAUCUCUCCACAUACAGUCAGUCAACCUUGCAAACAGGGAUGACUCUUACUGUUGGGCACCACCAAGAUAAAACUACCACAAUGAAAGACAAGGAGAAGUACAAAUUGCCCGUCGCUUCUAUGGCGAUUGAAAAUGAUUAUCCUAGAAUUGAAGAAAACAAUACAAAUAACCACUCAGCAGCAGAUUUCUCUAUUGACAAAUCACAGAACAUGGAUUUCGUACUUGCAGAAGUGGAGUCCUCCUCUUGUGGCUUAGAUAGUUCUCUGACAAAUCAAGCCUCGGAGACAAUGUUAGCAAAUAGUAUGGGCAGAGACCUGUCAAAUAAGAGUUCACAGCAAUUAAAUGGGAUAAGGAGAAAACUGGCAGAAGAAAAAUCUAAGGAUGCUGUAGUCAAUUUGACAGAGAGGCUGAGAAGAGACCUUUUAAAUCUAUUAGACCCCAAAGAACUUUGCAAACCAUUAAGACACACAGGAGAAUCUGUUCAAACUGGAACAAAUGUUAUGGAUACCAGUGCACUGUUUCAUAGUCCAGCAGGUGCCAUUUCAAAACAAAUGCACCAGGUGACAGAAAGCUUUCUAAUCCAGGCUGGCUUAUGUCAUAGACAAGAGACAGAUAAAACCAGUCAUUGGAAAAGGAAAUGGACUAGUGGCCUGUCUGACAAAAAUCAGCUACCAAAUGAAAGUGUCUUACCCACGGUACAGGAACAAGAAACAAACACAGAAAGCUUUAUGCAAAGAUAUAAGAAACAGUGUACGGACCCUGAAAUAAAUGAGAGUUUCACUUUCAUGACUUCUCCAGUAAGGGACAUCGCAACAACCAGCCUUCCAGCACUGGAUAUGAUCAGUGAGCUAAGUGAUGGCCAAGGGAACAGAGGAAAAACGUGUGGUGCUCAUGAGAACAGUGAUAUAGAUACCGUCUAUGAUGAACCACGUAAUGAAUAUCUGCCCAAAGCAAAUUGCUGUGCAAUUCUGGGAUCUGUGGAACCGCAGCGUAGAGCCUCUGAUUCAUCGUCAGCACAUGACAAGCUAUUGAAACCUCUUCAUGAAGAGGAUUCAGACGAUCACCUCACAUGGGAAAAUAGGAAGCUUGAGAGCUUAGAAAUCAGUCCUGCAGUUGUAAAAGUCACAGUAGUGAACUUUAUCGGAGAGACCAGUACUGAACAUUCUGUUGCAGUAAAUACAACAGAAGACAAUGAACCUGCCACAGCACUGGCAACUGGACUAAGAACAGCAAUGGAGGGUUGCAGUGAUUCUGAUAGCCUACUAAAAACAGAUGAAGCGUGUAGCGGCACAGCCAUAAGAAACACUUCUCUCAGACAAACUGGAGAAACAGAUGGUAUGUGCCUGUGUUCUAGCACUGGAAAUAAAAUAGAAGAACCAUCCACUCAUGUUUUAACAAAUGAUAUCUUAAAUAUCGAGGAGUGGUUGGAGGAGAAGCCAAACAAAACAUUAACUGAUGAUAAUGGAUCUAUUCGAAUGACUGCUGCCCAGGAAGGAAGGCUUGCUUCUAAUAAUUCUUUCCAAUCUCAUGAUGCAGAAUCGCCUCCCAGAUUAAUAAAGGCUCAAAGUAAUCAUUUAGAACAAGACCAAGAACACCUAACUUACAUACCAGAUAGUUACCUUCGUCAAUUACCUUAUACAGAACAGAAUAUACAUUUAAUAAAUGAUCAGAUAAUUAAAUGUAUAGAUGAACUAGAUACUAAAGACUCUCCUGUUAUACAGAGCUACCCAGAAAUAAAAGAUUGUGUUUAUCUCCCUGAUCUUGUACAAAAAGAAGAUUUAUCCAGUAAUUCCUCCUGUGAAAAUAUCAACCAAUUUACAGGUGAAAAAUACUCUUCCGUUAAAGAAGUCAAUAAACAUUCUGAAGAGAAUUUUCAGGAAAAAGGAAAUGAAUCAGACCUGAAUGCACAAAAUGACAGUAACUGUAGCACUUACUAUCUCUCAAGAGAUAAUGACAGUAAAGAUUUCCAAAGUGUUUCUGAUGCACAGGACUGCAGUUACAUUAUACAGCUACAUAAUUUAAUUAGGAGUCCUGAAACUGUAACGUAUGAGGACAGACUGAAAAAUCCAGAUCAAGACAACAAUAAGACAGAGAUAGAUGUCCCAGGAUUGGACAGAAUUUCAGAAAUUCAGCCUUUAGAUUCUCAGCACAGAGCAUCAGAAGGAAAUGAAAUUAUCCUUGCCCAUGGUUGCAAGAUUGGGAGAAAGUUAAGAAUGGACUCUUCAGCAGGUUCCACUUACGAAUCUGGGCCGAUGGCACCAUUUAGCUUCUUUCAGCCUAUAACAUGUGUUGGGAAUGAAAAUAGUAGUAUUGCAAGUCAAGACUGUAAAGAUGUUGGUGACAAGGUGGAUAGUUCCAUCCUUUGCACCCAACAUACGAACUUACGAGAAACUUUAUCUGUCUCUUUAGAACCUAUGAGCCAAACAGAAGGAUCCAGUAUCAACACACUGGCAAAAGGAUACUCCAGGGUAGAAAGCCUAAUGCAGUCUGAAUCCACACAAAUGGUAAUUAAGGGGAAUGAAAAUUUGAACAAGUUGGGAACUACACCUGAACUAUUGCAGUGUCAAUGCCCUAGAACAGCUGAAGAAAACAAGGAUGAAACAAUCUUGUGUGAAAAGAAAACAGAACAAAUUCAAGAAGCCAUAGAAUAUAGUCUAGAUGAAGGUGAAGUGGAGCCUUAUAUGCGUGCCUUGAUUACUCCAGAGGAAGAAGAACAUAUUACAAGUUAUUGUACUGGACAGUCCAAUCCAUCCCUGACUCCUUCCGCUCAGCAAACUGGAACACCCUGUAAUACAUACCGGAGUGGAAAUACAACUAACUCUACUGAACAUCAUAAAACCAGACAAUUCACGGCUGGCAGGAGUCUAAACAUGAUUUCAUCAGACCGUGUAACAGGGGGUUUAGUUAGCCUCCCAACAUAUGCCUCAGAGAACAGCCAACAUUUUCAGGAGGAGCUGCCACAGAGCAAAUCUCAGCAGUGCUCUUUAGCAUUGACCACAGCUGAUCCAUUCACACUAAGAGAAGAGAGGACAAAAACACAAGAAGGGUCAAAAUCCUGCAAGCCCUUACUUGUUGGGUCUGAGGACAUUAAGUGUCAGCAAAAAACAGCAAACAGUGGACAUUCGGCUGACGGGGGUAAGAAGAAAAUGUUGUCAAAGGUGCUGUCUAAGAAACCCCGACUAGAAGCAAAGGAAAACCUCAGCAAGAACUCCAGUUGCAUUAAAAAAGCCCUGAAAGCUAAUGCAGGCAUAAUUCAGAGGAAAGAGAGGGAAGAGCAAAGAAAAUUACCUGCUAAAAAACCCAGCAAAGCCCCCAAGUUACUGAAGAAAAUCCAUGCUGAGCUGUUCCCUGAUUGUUCUGGAAAUAUUAAAUUAUGUUGUCAGUUUGGGGAAAUUCAUGAAGACUCCACCAUUACAUGGAUUAAAGAUUCAAAGUUACUAGCUCGAGUGAAUAGAAGUGCAGGGGAUGAUUCGCCAGUGUCUUUGGCAAUAGUUCAAACUAGCAUAAAAGACCAGGGAUUGUAUUAUUGCUGCUUGAAGAAUGUUUAUGGAAAGGUGACUGCUGAAUUUAACCUGACCUCAGAAGUAUUGAAACAUCUUUCAAGUUAUCAGGAUAUUGAAGGUUUCGAAGAGAUUGAAUUCAUUCAGCUCAUAUUCAGAGAAGACUUCCUCGGUGAUAGCUAUUUCGGUGGCAACCUGCAUGGAAGAAUAGUAACAGAAGAGUUACACUUUGGCGAAGGGGUGCACCGGAAAGCAUUUCGAAGUAAAGUGAUGCAAGGCCUAGUGCCUAUAUUCAGCCCCGGUCAUCCCUGUGUUCUUAAAGUGCACACUGCUAUUUCAUAUGGGACCAAAACCAAGGAUGAACUUGUUCAGAAGAACUACAAAUUGGCAAUGCAGGAAUGCUAUGUUCAAAAUACUGCAAGAGAGUACGCCAAGAUAUAUGCAGCAGAAGCAGAAUCUUUGGAAGGCUUUGGAGAAGUUCCAGAGAUCAUUCCUAUUUUCCUUGUUCAUCGUCCUGAGAAUAAUAUCCCUUAUGCAACCGUGGAAGAGGAACUGAUUGGAGAAUUUGUGAAGUAUUCUGUCCGGGAUGGCAAGGAAAUAAAUUUCAUGAGAAAAGACUCAGAAGCUGGUCAGAAGUGUUGCACCUUCCAGCACUGGCUGUACGAGAAAACCAAUGGAAAUUUGCUGGUUACAGAUUUUCAAGGUGUAGGAAUGAAGUUAACUGACGUUGGCAUAGCAACAUUGGCCAAAGGAUACAAAGGGUUUAAAGGCAACUGCGCCAUUUCCUUCAUUGAUCAGUUUAAAGCCCUCCACCAGUGCAAUAAGUACUGCGAGAUGUUGGGGUUGAACUCUCUCCAAUGCAGUCAUCAAAAACAGAGGAAACCAACAGCCAAGAAAAGCAAAGUCCCUCCAAACUCACCAAAAGUACAGAAAAGAGUGGCCAGCACACAGGCAGCCAAGACAAACAUAGACCUCCUGUCUUCAAAGCAUCCAGGAACACUGCACCACUUCGCACAAGCUCCUCUCUAGAAAUGGACAGGUACCGAAGGACAUGACUGUGGAGUUAGACUGAGCCUUCUGCAUUAUAACAACAUUUGGAAGCUGUUCUUUGCUAACAGCAACCAGGAAACCAGCUGCAACUGUGGCCUAGCAGGCUACAAUUCAAAAGCAAAGGAAAGUUUUCAAAACCAACAAAGCUAUCUGCCUCAAUUAACUUUCAAAUAUUUUUACAUAUGUCAUAUCUGUGUAUAUUUGUGUAUUUGCACACUCUGUGUCUUGGUCUUUGUGCAGGAGAUGGGUCACUGGAGCAUUUCUGUCCUCCAUUCGCAACUCCUAGAGCUCUAUGCCAGCAAUACUGUGGCAUUCAGCAGCUAUGUAAAAAUAAAACUACUUAAGCCACCGCUUAGUAAAGGUUUUGGACUAGAGCUCAAUACUGGCACUGGGGUCAAGGAUGUACAAGAAUAAUUGCUUUAUUUCCUAACUCUUUGCACAGUUUUAAUCCUUACUAUACUCUUAUUCCUUGUACUUUUGCCAAUUAAAUUUCUUUUAAAACAAGCAUAAGCCACAUGGGUAUUUGGAUCAU